UGUAUCCGCACUGUUUGCCUGGAAUCAAACACGUUUAUUUUUCACAACAAUCAUCCAGAAACGAUGGAUGCAGUACUUUUACACGGAGAAGCUGAAUUAUAUAUUCAAAGUCUAGAGAAGAUGUCAUUGCGUGAAAUCGGAAGUCCGAAGUGGUUUCGCCAGCAUGAGUUCAUUGAAAAACUUAACAUGCAAGCUAUUCUGAAUGCUCAAUCUAGUCAAGAGGAAUUUGUUAAGGACCUCUUCGUUUCACUGGGAAAGAUUCCCACACUGGUACAUGCAAUGAUACUUACAGAAGUUUGGAAACAUAAAGUGUUCCCUAUAAUUUGUAAACUAAAGGACUUUAAUCCAAAGAGCACAUUUCUACUUUACAUGGUGAUUCACCAUGAAGCUACCAUUAUAAACCUCUUGGAGACAAUAAUGUAUCACAAGGAAUCCAGUGAAGCAGCGGAUGAUGCUGUAAUUGACCUGGUGGAUUACUGUCAUCGCAAACUCACUCUGCUGGCGGGACAAUCUGUCUGUCAUAAGGUCCCUGCUGAGGACCGAAUUACACAUGUACAGCAAACAGACGGCACAUCCAUACAGGAUCUGCAGAGGCAAAGUGAUAUGUUGGAGUUUGAAAUCUCUGUCAAGGCUCUAUCAGUGCUGUGUUACAUCACUGAUCACAUAGAGAGCUUGAGUUUUAGUGUGCUUUCAAGGAUGCUGAGCACACAUAAUUUACCCUGUGUGCUGGUUCAGCUGGUGGAAAAUUGCCCUUGGAACAGAGGUAAAGAGAAAUACACAGAAGGGAAGUGGAGGCCUGUUCUGCCUGAGGAUCAGCUCAAAUUGAGUAAACAUGAUGGCCAGGUGUGGAUUGCUCUACUAAACCUGGUACUCAAACCAGACUGCCAAAGAAAAUAUGAUUUCAAUAACUUCAACAUAAAUCAGCUCUUAAAGCUUCGUGGAUUUUUGACAGACACUGUGAUAGAUCAGUUACCAAACCUAGUUGAUCUCAAGAACUUUCUCAGUCACCUUGCUCUCUCAGAUCCAGCACCUCCUAAAAAAGAUUUAAUCUUGGAGCAGUUGCCAGAGAUAUGGAAUUAUAUCGUAACCGAGAAUUCCAACAAGUGGAAAGCCAUAGCUAAACACCAAGUGACACAUGUUUUUAACCCCUCGGAGAAUGAAUUAAGAGAGCAAGCUACUAGGUUGGCAAACACAUAUAAUCUGGAUCUGAUGGAGAAUCUAAUCCCAGACAAACCCAAGUGUGGAGCUUGUGGAAGACAGGGUGCAAAACGUUGCUCUCGCUGUCAAGGAGAAUGGUAUUGCAACAGAGAGUGUCAGGUGAAACACUGGCCCAAGCACAAGCCUGUAUGCCAAAUCAUGACUGAGGCCACUCAAAAACUAUAGAAGGAAUUGGAUUUCAGAAGCUGAUGUUUCGCAUUGCAGAAAGCAACAGAGAGGAAUGUAACACAAAUGCUCAUAAACACAGUGACUAACUAAAAUAUUGCUCUACUAAUGGUGGACAUUCAUGAAAACAUUUGAGAACUCUUUACAGCAUUGUGGUUUUCCUAUAGCUGUAAUGCAAUAUGUAUUAUGGGUCAUUAUUCAUAUAUAAACAUUGUUCAUGUACAUGUUUAUGAAUUUGAUUCAGUAUGACAUAAAACACAUACAAAUUUUUAUUUCUCACAUUUUUUGU